UUGUUUCCAGAAAGUUCAAGUAAUUGUUCUGUGUUUCUUGUCGGUGUCCGGUGUUUUAAAAAAAAAUAUAGUUUCGUUAUUUGUAUUCGAAGUGGAGUUUAUUAAAUUUAUCUGUUUUAAAUUUAUUAUAAUACUGUAAUGGCACAAGUUGCUGCUCUGAAAGAACAAGGAAAUAGUGCUUUAUCAGCAGGUAAUUUUGAUGAAGCAAUUAAACAUUACACAGAUGCAAUCAAUUUAGAUUCAAGUAAUCAUGUUUUAUACUCGAAUCGAUCUGCUGCAUACGCAAAAGCUGGAAAAUAUGAACUUGCUUUAGCUGAUGCUGAAAAAACAGUUGAAUUGAAACCAGAUUGGGCUAAAGGCUAUUCAAGAAAAGGUUCUGUACUAGCAUAUUUAGGUCGUCAUUCUGAGGCUGUAGCCGCAUACGAAACCGGCUUAAAAUACGAUCCAAAUAAUGUUCAAUUAAAAGAUGGUUUAUCGGAAGUUAAACAACAACAAGCAAAGAAUCCAUUAUACAUGUCGAAUCCAUUCAACAUACCAGAUUUAUUUGUUAAAUUACGUACUGAUCCACGAACCAAAGCGUACUUAGAUGAUCCAGAAUAUGUUAAAUUGUUACAAGAAUUACAAAAUAAUCCAUCAAAAUUAGGACAAAAAUUACAAGAUACAAGAAUAUUGACGACCCUAAGUGUUUUACUUGAUCAAGAUACCAGAGUAUUAGAUACAUUAAGUAAUUUAUUGGGUCAAGAGGGUGAUGAACCUAUGGACACAGAAGCACCUUAUUCUACACCACCACCACCACCUAAGAAAGCAGAAGAAAAACCAAAACCAGAACCAAUGGAAGAUGAUCUCCCUGAAAAUAAACGAUUAGCAAAACGAGAAAAAGAAUUAGGAAAUGAAGCGUAUAAAAAGAAAAAUUUUGAAACUGCCUUAGAACAUUAUCAAAAAGCUGUAGAACAUGAUCCAACAGAUAUUACAUACCAAAAUAACAUUGCAGCGGUUUAUUUUGAACAAAAAGAGUAUAAAAAAUGUAUAGAACAAUGUGAGAAAGCAAUUGAAAUUGGUCGUGAAAAUCGAGCUGAUUUUAAAUUAAUCGCAAAAGCAUUUACACGAAUUGGUAAUGCGUAUAAAAAAUUAGAAGAUUGGCAUUCGGCUAAAACAUAUUAUGAAAAAUCUAUGUCCGAACAUCGAACACCAGAAAUUAAAACACUUUUAUCACAAAUAGAAGCUAAAAUUAAAGAAGAAGAAAGAAAAGCGUAUAUUGAUCCAGUGAAAGCAGAAGAGGAAAAAGAAUUAGGUAACGAAUUAUUCAAAAAAGGAGACUACGCUACUGCCAUUAAACAUUACACUGAAGCUAUUAAACGUAAUCCAGAUGAAGCUAAAUAUUACAGUAACAGAGCAGCUUGUUAUACAAAAUUAGCAGCUUUUGAUUUAGGUUUGAAAGAUUGUGACAAAUGUGUGGAAUUAGAUCCUAAAUUUAUCAAAGGUUGGAUUCGAAAAGGUCAUAUUCUACAGGGUAUGCAACAAAACAGUAAAGCUUUGACAGCUUUCCAAAAAGCAUUAGAAUUAGAUUCGUCGAAUUCAGAAGCUUUAGCUGGUUAUCGUGCUUGUAUGUCAUCUGGAUAUAAUUCUAAUGCUAAUGAUAUUCAACAAGUUCGGGCUCGCGCAAUGGCUGAUCCUGAAGUACAAUCUAUUUUACGGGAUCCUGCGAUGAGAUUAAUUCUUGAACAAAUGCAAAACGAUCCAAGAGCUUUACAAGAUCAUUUAAAGAAUCCUGACAUAGCAGCAAAAAUUCAAAAAUUAAUGGAAUCUGGAUUAAUCGCCAUUCAUUAGCAUAAUAUCUCGCAAGUUAAAACUGCAAUCAUUCUAUUUAGAUGUAGUAUUUUUGUAUUCAGCAUCACUUUAAAUGAACUUCUAUGAUAAAAUAUUAGAAUGCAACGCAACAACAACAACAACAACGUGUCAUGUAUUUAUUUACAAAACACAAGCAAUGCAACGCAACGUUUACAAAACAACCUGACGGGAAAUAUGAUUGGGAAAACAGUGGAUAUAACACCAAAUUUAAGUAUUUUUUUUUUAUAUAUAUUUUGUGUUUGUCUUUUAUAUUCAGUUUUAA